AUGGCUACUCGCGAACCCAUUCCAACGUACGUCCUCGGCGUCGGCAUGACCGAGUUCAUCAAGCCGCGCGGCCUGCGCGACUACCCCGAACUCGGCUACGAGGCGGGCAUCAAGGCCAUGCUGGACGCGCAAAUCAACUACGACGACGUGCAGACGGGCAUCGCCGGCUUCAACUACGGCGACUCGACGUGCGGCCAGCGCGUCUUUUACCAGUUCGGCAUGACGUCCAUCCCCAUUGUCAACACGGGCAACGCGUGCGCCACCGGGUCCGCGGCGCUGUACCUCGCGCGCACCAUGAUCCGCGCCGGCGCCCUCGACUGCGUGCUCGUCGUCGGCUUCGAGAAGAUGGAGCCGGGCCCGAUCCGGGACAAGUGGACCGACAGGGCCAAGCCGACGCAGCUGAGCCGCCAGAUGAUGGAGGACAUGCGCGGCCCGGCCCCGGGCCCGCCCAACGCGCAGUAUUUUGCCAACGCGGGCCGGGAGUACAUGGAAAAGUAUAUAUCAAACGAGGGAGAAUUCGUUGAAGACUUUGCGGAAAUCGCGCGCGUCAGCCACGAGCACUCGCAGCGCAACCCGUACGCGCAGUUCCGCCAGGCGUACUCGCUGCAGGCCAUCCUCGACGCGCCCAUGAUCUGCCCGCCGCUGACGAAGCUGCAGUGCAGCCCGACGAGCGACGGGGCGGGCGCGGCCGUCGUCGUCUCGCAGCGCUUCCUGGACGCGCGGCCGCACCUGCGCGGGCAGGCUGUGCUCAUGGCCGGCCAGCAGCUGGCAACGGACUCGCCGCGGCUGUACGCGGCGCGCAGCGCCAUCGAUCUCGUCGGCUACGACAUGACGCGGCGCGCCGUGGCGGCGGCGCUGCGCGAGGCGCAGACGUCUCUCGACGCGGUGCGCGUGUGCGAGCUGCACGACUGCUUCUCCGCCAACGCGCUCGUGCUGCUCGAGAGCCUCGGGUUCAGCGGCGUCGGCGCCGCGCACGAAAUGGUGCGCCGCGGCGACAUCACGUACGGCGGCCGCGUCGUCGUCAACCCCUCGGGCGGGCUCAUCUCCAAGGGCCACCCGCUCGGCGCCACCGGCCUGGCCCAGUGCGCCGAGCUCGUCUGGCAGCUGCGCGGCUGGGCCAACAACCGGCUCGUCAGGGACGUCGACGUCGCGCUGCAGCAUAAUCUGGGCCUGGGCGGCGCGACGGUCGUCACCGUGUAUAAGCGCGCGGAUGGGGGAAAGAAUGCGGCGGUGAGCGAUGAGCAGAUUGCAAAGAGCAGCUGGCUGGGGUAUAACCCGGCGGUCGAGGCGCGCGGCUUCAGAGAGGCGGAUGCGGCAAAGGUGAGGAGCCGCACGGCGCGGAGCGAGUAUGCGCUGUCGGACACGCAGAAGAAAAUUGAAGCGCGUCUGUAG